AAAUUCCAGCAGAUUUCAAGGAAAGCACAUGAUACUGUUGUACAUGUUAUUUUUUAUGUAAUUAAUUAAUAUAUGAUAUAAUAGGAUAUGGUACUCUGCAAACUGAGGACUACAAUAGGAUUGUUCCACAUGCAGGGCCGCAAGAACCGACAGGCGGUUGACAUAAACAAAUGACGUCAUUCUUAGAAUUUUGACACACUUAAGACUAAAAUUUUACAUAGAAAACUGUUCAUUUAUGUACUGUCUUUAAAAUCUUUGACUGAUUUAAUGGUCUUGUAUUGUGUGUGUGUGUGUGUGUGUGUGUGUGUGUGUUUUCUUUGCUCCCCUGGCUCUAAAGUAUAUCAUUCUGUUGUUUAAAGCAAUAAAAAAAGACUAAAAUAUUUAUCUGAGCGGCUUUAUACAUACAGGUCCUGGGCCGCUUAAGACAGCUUACUUUGUAAGACCCAAAUAUAGAAACAACUUUGAAAAAAAUCUAGUUGGACUUGAUAGUGACCCUAGCAACUUGUCAACCCGUCUGUGGUCAGUGGUCGUUGGCAUGUGGCCAGACAUUGCUUUUCCUGACAUUUUUACGUACCUUAUUUUGUCCCAUUUAGACGCGUUUUCGCUGAUUUCACACUGUACACACUGACCUUUUUGCCACUCAGUGGGCGUAACCGCAGUCACUUUCGCCGAAGGUGACGUCACGUGCAUACCCUUAGAGCAAAACUGUUAAAUCUACGAUUUUUUAAUCUUCAUAUUAAUACAUUAAUUUGUAUUUUAAAAAUGUGAAACGAUGCCAAAUCAGAAAGCGUGCAGAUGAAAGAUAAAACCAUAAUAACGUAAUGGUGCAGCAUGCACAAUCCAAAGUGAGAUGGACAUCAGAGAUGUAAAAAACAGUCCAUUGUAUUAAUGACAUUUCUUUAGCCGUUGUUUGCCAUGUUUGUUUAAUGCGAAGUCACGUUUGGACGCGAGAAACAUCGCGAGAUCUUUGCGUGAUUUCCUGUGUCCUCAGCUGAGACUCGUUAUUGUUUUUGUUUAUUUUAAAAUAAAAAAGAAGUAAGAUACAGCUACAAAUAAUACAUUUUUCAAGUAAUAAACAUAGUAAACCAUCAGAUAACAUAAGUACGUGUAGAUGAAAUUCACAUUAAGAUCAUAAAGGGGGGGGGGGGGUAAAAAAGAUAGGGUAUAAAUACAUUUACAAGCAAAUUAAAGUAAAAGAUUGAAUAGCUUACAAAUUUUAAUAGUUUGUAUAGCUUUCUUAUUAACAGAUGUCGAAAUUGUAUUCAAAUAUAAACUAAAUUCUAGACUCACGUUGUUUGUGAAGUGUGCAGUCAUAACACGGCCACAUAGCGGCAGUCUACACACUAGGAACAAACGUGUUAAGUCGUCGAUUUUUCUUAUCAUGUCUUUGGUCUCUCACAGUUUAAAUGUCUGAAAAGAUUUAAAAAAUCCUUUGGUGUGGCCCCAGCUUUACUGGGCAUUCACCAUUCAAUAGCCUGCAGACUUAACAUACUGGUAAUGUGGUUUUCGUCUGAAAUUUUGUAAAUAUGACGUUUUAGAGCUUGAAGUUACAACGAAAUAAGAGAAACGAUCAAUAUUCAUAGUAAUAUUUUCAUCAUGUGGGGAUCAUGCCGAAGUUUUUUCGUCAUCGUCUUCUGUAUCCAAUUUGCGUUCCUGCUCUCAAUGUUUUAUAUCGACAUUGAUACUUGGAGAAAGACUUCAGCAAAGAUCCUGAGAUUCUCAGGCCUAAUGUGUGACAAUAAUUCUCAGACCCCAAAUUUCCUCAGAUCAAGUAUAGGACCGUUGUAUGACAGUCCUUCCUCAUGUACCUGCGGAGACAACAACCAAUCCACCAGCCAGUUUGUGUCCAAAGAUGAAUUAGAAGAUCUCCAGAGACGUCGAGCAGAAGAAUACAGACAACAUCAAAUCAGUCUUUUUCUCUUUGUAGAUAUCAACUCCCAGGUGACUGUACUUGUAAAGGCAUUUCUGAGAUAUAAGGAACUGAAUGCUCUUAUUCAGAGUAUUCGUGUGAACUACCCAAAGAUAAAGAUGAUUGUAGCAGAUGACAGUCUUAUCCCAGAGAAGGUUGUUGGUGAAAAUAUUGAACACUACAUAAUGCCCCCGGCACAGGGCUGGUUUGCCGGCAGAAAUCUGGCAUUGUCACAAGUCACGACUAAAUACUUCUUAUGGGUGGACGAUGACUUUGUGUUUCUGAAUGAGACGCGUAUAGAGAGCUUUGUGGAGAUUAUGGAAGCUGUUCCUGAAUUAGAUGUGGUCGGUGGUCAGGUAGAAAGAAAUCAGUUUGCCUUUAAAUUGAAUUAUAAAGAAGGGAACAGCGAAGAAGGCGGUUGCAUCUCACGUGUUGGAGGUUUUUACGCACCCCUGCCCGGAUUUGAAGAGUGUUUCUUCGUCGAUGGAGUUGUGAACUACUUUAUGGGUCGAACGGAUGCCGUGCGUAAGGUCGGUUUUGACCCGUUCCUCAAAAGGGUCGGACACAGUGAAUUCUUCAUUGAUGGACUUGGAGAAUUGUUAGUUGUCACCUGUCAAGGUCUCAGAAUUGGUCAUCAGGAAAAAACGGACACACCCGACUACGGAAAAUACAGACAUCCUCCAAAAGCUGAUUCAGAAAAUAAACUGACUCACCAUUAUUUCAAGAAUCAUCUAAAAUGCAUCAACUACUAAAGUACAUGUACAGGUGAAAUCACAACAUCCAGUUUAUCUUUAAAUGUGAUUUGAAAUAAUCAUAAUUUGUAUAAAUUCAUUUCGUGUUCCUUAAUAAACAACUCAUUAUACUGUU